AUGUUUCAUACCACGAUUAACUUCUCGUUAGACUUUGCCGUUAAGUGGAUCCGUGCCCACAUGUUUUCAUUCCAAGAAGCCACCGCUAUCACAGCAGUACUUGAGGAUAUCCUUGCUGCUUGUGCCAUCCAUGUGCACGAUGAAGUCCCAGGGUGGAACGAAUUAUACUACGAUAGAAUCUUAGCCUAUGAGCGUUUGAUCCUCGUCUCUCCCACAGCUUGCUCUUUUCGUGACCUCCAGUUAAAGUUGAAUAUUAUGGCUGUCAGUUGGAGUCGCAGAGAGGCUGCCAACCUGACACUGCAUCGUGUUCCUGCAGCUUACGACGUGUUCCUUCAAAAUCAAUGUCUCCAGUAUUUUGGAGUCCGUGCGCUUCAUGUGGGAUGGGUUCGAGUCAUCUGCGCGUACUGUACUGGAAUUUCCGCCAUGAUGUUACAAGGAUUGGAUGGGAUUACGACACUUCAGCAGCAAGUUGAUUACCUCCAUCAACCACAGAAUCUUUUCGCUGCGUGCUGUAUCCUGGCGACGCAGCAGGAUGAAAGUAUAGAUCGAACAGUCGUUGGCAAUGACAUCAAAGCAUUGGUGCGGCUUCGUCCACGCGAUGCUGUCUGGGAUGAGUGCCGCAACCUUUGCUUGGUGUCCGAGUUGGCCCGCCACAGGCAAGUCAAAAUGGAUGCCGUCAAAUACGCUAUCCGUGUGCUUGAUAUCUUUUUCGACGCUGAGGUCCAUGAUCCAGUAUCCCCGCUAGCAUCGCUACGACGCUCAGUAGGCCGCAAAGUUCUGGAGUGGUGCACCGGUCGGAGUCUAGAUGACAAGUCGGGUCAAGGGCAGCAGGUUUAGCCGACAUCGAUGCUGGUUUGCGUAGUAUCUUAGGUUGUUGCGUCUUCAGUUACCCGAAUCCGAUUCUACGGCCUCUUUGUGAUGGCG